AUUGGAUGUGGCAGAGGUAGGCGGGUCGCGUGGGAGGCGUCAGAGAUGGCGACGACGGUGGAGCAGAUGAGAAGCCGCGUGCGGCUGGGAGAAUUCUCACUGCAGAAUGUGCACAGUACGGAUUUCCCUGGGAAUUACCCCGGAUAUGACGACACCUGGGACCUGGAGCGCUUCCAGAAGAAUUUCCGGAUAGAGGUCACCAAGAUGGAGGACGACCUCCUGGAAUUUGACAUGGUGGGAAUAGACGCGGCGCUGGCCAACGCAUUCCGGCGCAUCCUGCUGGCCGAGGUCCCCACCAUGGCCAUAGAGAAAGUCUAUGUCUAUAAGAACACGUCGAUCAUACAGGACGAGAUCCUCGCCCACCGCCUGGGCCUCAUCCCAAUCCGUGCCGACCCUCGCCUAUUCGAGUAUCAGAAUUCGGAUGAUGCAGAGGGAACGGAGAUCGACACGCUGCAGUUCGAGCUGAAUGUGAAAUGUACGCGGAACCCCCGGGCGGCCAAGGACUCCUCCGACCCCAGCGAGCUCUACCUGGACCAUAAAGUAUACACCAGUCACAUGAAGUGGCUCCCUCAGGGGAACCAAUCCGAUCUCUUCCAUGACAUCGAGCCGCCUCGGACCGUGCACAGCGACAUCCUCAUCGCCCAGCUUCGGCCUGGCCAGGAGAUCCACGUCAUUGUGCACUGCGUCAAGGGAGUUGGUAAGGACCACGCCAAGUUCUCUCCCGUGGCCACGGCCAGUUACCGCUUACUGCCGGAGAUCACACUGCUGCAGCCCAUAGAGGGUGACAUGGCGGAGAGGCUGCAGAAGUGUUUCUCGCCCGGAGUUAUCGCGUUGGAUGAUGUGAAUGGGAAGAAAGUUGCUCGUGUAGAAAACUCGCGGAUCGACACGUGUAGCAGAGAGAUCUUCCGCCACGAUGACCUGAAAGACCUGGUGCGCAUGACACGCGUGCGGGACCACUUUAUAUUUUCCAUAGAGUCUACUGGCAUCCUAGCCCCGGACAUCCUGAUGAAAGAAUCCAUCAUGGGUCUGAUGGGGAAAUGUCGCCGCUUCCUGGAUGAGUUGGAUGCCGCGCAGAUGGACUGAAGCUGAGGGAAUGCGUCUUCUUCUCCUCCUGAAGAGCUGGGCCAACGCAGUGUUUUCUGGAAGCACUGGCUGCAUGAGACUGUUCAAUCAGAUGAUUGGUUCUGUGUGCAGGACUUUGGCCCCCCAGUUGGGUGGUGCCUUAUAAUGUCAGCUGAACUGUGAUUGGAUAAUAUAUUCCCUGCUUGUGACCGCUGUUCUGGUCAUGAUACGGAGAGUCUGUGAACCAGAGAGAGUUAAAUUAUGAUUUUUUUUCAGUCUGUUGGAUGAGAAUGCUGAACAUUUUGGGGGGGAAACAGAUCUUUACCAUAUAUUUUUUUUUUAUAUAUGAUGAUUCCAGAAGAUGGCACAGAAUUGAUCUGUUAUUGUAAGAUGUAUUCUGCCUGGGAAUAAAAUAUUGGGGGAUGCUGAUGUGUUA